CAACGAAUAAAAACUGGCGUUCGCUUUUUGUUUCCCGCCAGCUACCUUCAUACAAUAGCAUCGCUAAGAUUAACAACAGGUGGCGAUUCCUCAAAUAUGAACCCUCUCUCGCCCUCCCUCCCAUUUUCAUUUUCCCUUUUUGCAUUUUUUGUGGAUUUCCAACUGUUUCCCUCACAAUCUGUGGAUCCAAUCAUUACCGAACUCUUUCUUUUUCUUUCCUUCUUCAUCGCCGUUCCCGAGAAUUCUCUGUUCCGCGGAGCCUCCAGAAGCGUAGGGCGACUGGUUAAGAAACAAAACGAAUUGAACUCAUUGCCGUUUCGUAGCGGAUCGGAUUGUCAAUUCCGAGUCCAAACAUGAACGAGAAGGCCUCCGUCUCUAAGGAGCUCGAAGCUAAACAUACUAAGAUUCUGGAAGGCCUUCUCAAGUUACCGGAAAACAGGGAAUGUGCUGACUGCCGGAGCAAGGCUCCACGGUGGGCAAGUGUAAACCUUGGAAUUUUUAUAUGUAUGCAAUGCUCGGGUAUUCAUCGGAGUCUUGGAGUACAUAUUUCAAAGGUACGGUCUACUACUCUUGAUACAUGGCUACCGGAACAAGUUGCUUUUAUGCAGUCUAUGGGAAAUGAGAGAUCAAAUUGUUACUGGGAAGCAGAAUUACCACCAAAUUUUGAUAGGAAAGAGAAUCAAACGUUCAUUCGUGCCAAGUACGAAGAGAAAAGAUGGGUUUCUAGAAACAGAACACAUCCAGCUCCACAAUUAGGUGGAACGAGUAGUGUUUAUUGUGAUUCGAUUGAAAUUGGACCCAGAAGUUCCAUUUCAAAGAAGAUGAGGAACUUUUCUCUUGAGGAAGAGAUUCUCACAAAGCACGUGACAAGAGCAACUCCCACAGUAGCAAAAGCACGCGGGGAGGGAAGUUCUCUUUUUCAUUUUAAGUUCCUAUAUUUGUUCAACUGGUGUGCAUCUAUGCCUUAUGAGGAAAAAAAAGAAUUCUUUAGAUAUGAGGAACCAUAUGAUUACUUCAGCUCCUCCAAGAGGGCCUUCGUUUGUGAAAGAAAUUAACCCAUCGACAAAAAAUACAAAUGAAUCCCCAGAUCUCUUCAAAUAUGUCCAACAUGCAAAACAGGACCGAUCUAGUGUAAUUCCAGCACGUUGGGCAACUUUCGACUGAUGGAUAAUCUUACACAACAUCUGCCUAGCUUGGUGAAAAUUUAUCCAUUUGUGGUGGUUAAAUUUGGAGGAAGCAUAUCUCGUCAACAACAAGGUUUGUUUCUUCCAUAAAACUCCGAUCGUCUUUUACUCACCGAAAGAAAUAAAUAUGUGUACCAUUUGUUUAUAUUUCCUUGAUUAAGACCCAUCACAUUUAUGAUCACAUGUUCCACUUGGCCCAAUUUGUUUAGAGGAUAAAUUUACUUUUGCUCGAUGGAGACCUCAGUUCACAUAAAUUGAGUUUGUUGAAUGUUUUAGAUUUUUUAUUUUUUUAAUACAAUAAUUACGGAGUAGAAGAUUGAACCUUAAACAA